CGAUUUUCCUCCUUCCAUCAUCCUCAACAAAAACAAAAGAACUAUCUACACAGAGCCUCGUCUUCGUCAACUACAUUGUUUCCAAUCCCCCCCCGGAAUCCCUGUCAGCCAAGACCGAAGCGCUACCACCCUGCAGCAUACUAAAACACAAUGGCGACAUUGGCGCGGUCAUUCUCCUCCGAUAGCGCGGACAUCGCUGUCCUAGUCCCUAACAAAUCCAAUCCACUAUCGAUCUCCUAUCAGCAGCUGCACAACCAUAUCGCUCAGUUCCAAGCUAAGCUCGCUAGACUCGGGGUAGGCCAUGGGGCCGCCGUGUCACUGGCUCUGGUGAACUCGUACGAGUUCAUAGUGGCCUUCCUGGCCGCCUCGUGGCAACGAGCCAUCGCCGCCCCGCUGAAUCCGGCCUAUAAGCAGGAAGAAUUCGAAUUCUACAUCGAUGAUCUGAGCUCCACUCUCGUCCUGAUCCCCAGAGGAUCCUACAUCAAGGAUGGUCCGGCCGUUCGCGCAGGCAGGAAAUACCAGGCCGCCAUCGCGGAGUGCUAUUGGAACGGCUCGGAAAUCGUCCUGGAUGUCAAGGAACAAGGAAAGCUUCAGGGCAAUGGAGGCGUGGGUAUCCAGGAAGCCCAGCCGGAUGAUGUUGCUCUUGUCCUACACACCAGCGGAACGACUGGCCGGCCCAAAGCUGUUCCCCUCACCCACAAGAACCUCACAACAACAACGAGAAACAUCCAAGCCACAUACAACCUCACCCCAGCAGACCGAACAUACCUAGUGAUGCCCUUAUUCCACGUCCACGGCCUCCUGGCCGGGUUCCUCGCCCCCCUCUCAUCAGGAGGCUCGGUAAUCGUGCCGACGAAAUUCUCCGCCUCGGAAUUCUGGCCCGACUUCAUCACCCACAAAGCAAACUGGUACACAGCCGUCCCUACAAUCCACCAAAUCCUCCUCAAGACCGCCGUCCCCAACCCGGUCCCCCAAAUCCGGUUCAUCCGCUCCUGCUCCUCGCCCCUCUCCCCCAAAACCUUCCAGGAACUGGAGAAAACCUUCAACGCCCCCGUCCUAGAAGCCUACGCCAUGACCGAAGCCGCCCACCAAAUGACCAGCAACCCGCUCCCCCCCGCAAAACGCCAACCCGGCAGCGUAGGUCUCGGACAGGGCAUGGAAGUCCGGAUCCUAGACGACGCCGGCAAGGAGGUCGCGCAGGGCAAGGAGGGCGAGAUCUGCGUGCGCGGCGAGAACGUCACGAAGGGGUACCUGAACAACCCGUCCGCGAACAAGUCGUCCUUCACCAAGGACGGGUUCUUCCGCACGGGCGACCAGGGAAAGAAAGAUGCGGACGGAUACGUGAUCAUCACGGGCCGUAUCAAGGAGUUGAUUAACAAGGGCGGGGAGAAGAUCAGUCCCAUCGAGCUGGAUAAUACGCUUCUGCACCAUCCGAAGGUGGCGGAAGCGGUGUGCUUCGCUAUUCCUGAUGAGGGACACUAUGGCGAGGAUAUUGGCGCAGCGGUCGUCUUGAAGAGCCGUGGGGGCGCCUCGGAGGCUGAGCUGAAGGCGUGGGUGGAGUCGAAGUUGGCGAAGUUCAAGACGCCUAGACAGGUGUGGAUAGUCUCGCAGAUCCCUAAGACGGCUACGGGCAAGAUCCAACGGCGCAAGGUCGCUGAAGCGAUGCUGAAGGUCAAGGCCAAGCUGUAAGCGUUUGUAUACAUACGGGCUCCCCUAGAAGUAAAUAUUCAUGUAGAGUGAGUGUCAUAAACACAUUGAUAGAAAUCAUUGAGGCUAGAUU